GCGGUGCGCUGACUGCAAUGGUAGAGGAGAAUCAAAAACAGGUAGAACAGCUUUGCGCGGACCACGAUCAAGCCCGUGCUACAAUGCAAGCUGAACUUGUUGCGCACCGAGAGAUGCGCAACGCUCGUAUAAAUGAGAGGCUAUCACAUCCAGAACUCUGCGAUAGCGCUUCACCGCAGAUGCCACCGCCAAAUACUGAAGUGCCAGUGGCCCCUGAAAUAGUGCGCAGCGAACCUCUCUACAGCGUCACCAUCGACGAGCUCAACAAGACAACAACACUCAACGAACAGUUGACGCGCGCCCUUGCGCAGAGGGAGGCUGACAAUGAGAAGCUCGCAGAGGACCUCGCACAGAGGGAGGCUGACAAUGAGAAGCUCGCAGAGGAUCUUGCGCAGAGGGAGGCUGACAAUGAGAAGCUCGCAGAGGAUCUUGCGCAGAGGGAGGCUGACAAUGAGAAGCUCGCAGAGGAUCUUGCGCAGAGGGAGGCUGACAAUGAGAAGCUCGCAGAGGAACUUGCGCAGAGGGAGGCUGACAUCGAGAAGCUGACAGAUGAACUUGCGCAGAGGGAGGCUGACAAUGAGAAGCUCGCAGAGGACCUCGCACAGAGGGAGGCUGACAAUGAGAAGCUCGCAGAGGAUCUUGCACAGAGGGAGGCUGACAAUGAGAAGCUCGCAGAGGACCUUGCACAGAGGGAGGCUGACAAUGAGAAGCUCGCAGAGGACCUCGCACAGAGGGAGGCUGACAAUGAGAAGCUCGCAGAGGAUCUUGCACAGAGGGAGGCUGACAAUGAGAAGCUGACAGAUGAACUUGCGCAGAGGGAGGCUGACAAUGAGAAGCUCGCAGAGGAUCUUGCGCAGAGGGAGGCUGACAAUGAGAAGCUUGCAGAGGAACUUGCACAGAGGGAGGCUGACAAUGAGAAGCUGACAGAUGAACUUGCGCAGAGGGAGGCUGACAAUGAGAAGCUCGCAGAGGAUCUUGCGCAGAGGGAGGCCGACAAUGAGAAGCUGACAGAGGAUCUUGCGCAGAGGGAGGCUGACAAUGAGAAGCUCGCAGAGGAUCUUGCACAGAGGGAGGCUGACAAUGAGAAGCUGACAGAUGAACUUGCGCAGAGGGAGGCUGACAAUGAGAAGCUCGCAGAGGAUCUUGCGCAGAGGGAGGCCGACAAUGAGAAGCUGACAGAGGAUCUUGCGCAGAGGGAGGCUGACAAUGAGAAGCUCGCAGAGGAACUUGCGCAGAGGGAGGCUGACAAUGAGAAGCUCGCAGAGGAUCUUGCGCAGAGGGAGGCUGACAAUGAGAAGCUUGUGGAGGAACUUGCGCAGAGGGAGGCUGACAAUGAGAAGCUCGCAGAGGAACUCGCACAGAGGGAGGCUGACAAUGAGAAGCUCGCAGAGGAUCUUGCGCAGAGGGAGGCUGACAAUGAGAAGCUUGCAGAGGAACUUGCACAGAGGGAGGCGGUAAUUGAGGGUGCAGAGGCGGACGCGAGUAAGACAAUUGAGGGUGUGUAUAGCCGCUGUCGUGAACUUGAGGAGCUUGCUGCGAGAAGGGAACUUGCUGCUACGGGUGAUGUGGAUAUCCUGGAGCGCGAACUGGCGGACGCUCUCGUCCAGCUGAAGGCGUUGGAGGGGGAGAACGCUGCCCUGGCUGCGCUGCUCGCUGCAAAGAAGGCCGAGAUGGUGGAAGCUAGCGAUGCAGCAGGGAGGAGCGUGAGGGAGCUGGAGUCCCGUUUGUCCGCGGCGGUGUCCGAGGCGUCUCAUGAACGCGCGAUGGCGGAGAAGCUCAUUAGCACCACACGCGGUGCGCUGACUGCAAUGGUAGAGGAGAAUCAAAAACAGGUAGAACAGCUUCGCGCGGACCACGAUCAAGCCCGUGCUACAAUGCAAGCUGAACUUGUUGCGCACCGAGAGAUGCGCAACGCUCGUAUAAAUGAGAGGCUAUCACAUCCAGAACUCUGCGAUAGCGCUUCACCGCAGAUGCCACCGCCAAAUACUGAAGUGCCAGUGGCCCCUGAAAUAGUGCGCAGCGAACCUCUCUACAGCGUCACCAUCGACGAGCUCAACAAGACAACAACACUCAACGAACAGUUGACGCGCGCCCUUGCGCAGAGGGAGGCUGACAAUGAGAAGCUCGCAGAGGACCUCGCACAGAGGGAGGCUGACAAUGAGAAGCUCGCAGAGGAUCUUGCGCAGAGGGAGGCUGACAAUGAGAAGCUCGCAGAGGAUCUUGCGCAGAGGGAGGCUGACAAUGAGAAGCUCGCAGAGGAACUUGCGCAGAGGGAGGCUGACAUCGAGAAGCUGACAGAUGAACUUGCGCAGAGGGAGGCUGACAAUGAGAAGCUUGCUGAGGACCUCGCACAGAGGGAGGCUGACAAUGAGAAGCUUGUGGAGGAACUUGCGCAGAGGGAGGCUGACAUCGAGAAGCUGACAGAUGAACUUGCGCAGAGGGAGGCUGACAAUGAGAAGCUCGCAGAGGAACUUGCGCAGAGGGAGGCUGACAUCGAGAAGCUGACAGAUGAACUUGCGCAGAGGGAGGCUGACAAUGAGAAGCUCGCAGAGGACCUCGCACAGAGGGAGGCUGACAAUGAGAAGCUCGCAGAGGAUCUUGCACAGAGGGAGGCUGACAAUGAGAAGCUCGCAGAGGACCUUGCACAGAGGGAGGCUGACAAUGAGAAGCUCGCAGAGGACCUCGCACAGAGGGAGGCUGACAAUGAGAAGCUCGCAGAGGAUCUUGCGCAGAGGGAGGCUGACAAUGAGAAGCUCGCAGAGGAUCUUGCACAGAGGGAGGCUGACAAUGAGAAGCUGACAGAUGAACUUGCGCAGAGGGAGGCUGACAAUGAGAAGCUCGCAGAGGAUCUUGCGCAGAGGGAGGCUGACAAUGAGAAGCUUGCAGAGGAACUUGCACAGAGGGAGGCGGUAAUUGAGGGUGCAGAGGCGGACGCGAGUAAGACAAUUGAGGGUGUGUAUAGCCGCUGUCGUGAACUUGAGGAGCUUGCUGCGAGAAGGGAACUUGCUGCUACGGGUGAUGUGGAUAUCCUGGAGCGCGAACUGGCGGACGCUCUCGUCCAGCUGAAGGCGUUGGAGGGGGAGAACGCUGCCCUGGCUGCGCUGCUCGCUGCAAAGAAGGCCGAGAUGGUGGAAGCUAGCGAUGCAGCAGGGAGGAGCGUGAGGGAGCUGGAGUCCCGUUUGUCCGCGGCGGUGUCCGAGGCGUCUCAUGAACGCGCGAUGGCGGAGAAGCUCAUUAGCACCACACGCGGUGCGCUGACUGCAAUGGUAGAGGAGAAUCAAAAACAGGUAGAACAGCUUCGCGCGGACCACGAUCAAGCCCGUGCUACAAUGCAAGCUGAACUUGUUGCGCACCGAGAGAUGCGCAACGCUCGUAUAAAUGAGAGGCUAUCACAUCCAGAACUCUGCGAUAGCGCUUCACCGCAAAUGCCACCGCCAAAUACUGAAGUGCCAGUGGCCCCUGAAAUAGUGCGCAGCGAACCUCUCUACAGCGUCACCAUCGACGAGCUCAACAAGACAACAACACUCAACGAACAGUUGACGCGCGCCCUUGCGCAGAGGGAGGCUGACAAUGAGAAGCUCGCAGAGGACCUCGCACAGAGGGAGGCUGACAUCGAGAAGCUGACAGAUGAACUUGCGCAGAGGGAGGCUGACAUUGAGAAGCUGACAGAUGAACUUGCGCAGAGGGAGGCUGACAAUGAGAAGCUGACAGAUGAACUUGCGCAGAGGGAGGCUGACAAUGAGAAGCUCGCAGAGGACCUCGCACAGAGGGAGGCUGACAAUGAGAAGCUCGCAGAGGAUCUUGCACAGAGGGAGGCUGACAAUGAGAAGCUCGCAGAGGACCUUGCACAGAGGGAGGCUGACAAUGAGAAGCUCGCAGAGGACCUUGCGCAGAGGGAGGCUGACAAUGAGAAGCUCGCAGAGGAACUUGCGCAGAGGGAGGCUGACAAUGAGAAGCUCACAGAGGAACUUGCACAGAGGGAGGCUGACAAUGAGAAGCUCGCAGAGGACCUUGCGCAGAGGGAGGCUGACAAUGAGAAGCUCGCAGAGGAUCUUGCGCAGAGGGAGGCUGACAAUGAGAAGCUGACAGAGGAACUUGCGCAGAGGGAGGCUGACAAUGAGAAGCUCGCAGAGGACCUUGCGCAGAGGGAGGCUGACAAUGAGAAGCUGACAGAGGAACUUGCGCAGAGGGAGGCUGACAUCGAGAAGCUCGCAGAGGACCUUGCGCAGAGGGAGGCUGACAAUGAGAAGCUCGCAGAGGAACUUGCGCAGAGGGAGGCUGACAAUGAGAAGCUCGCAGAGGAACUUGCACAGAGGGAGGCUGACAAUGAGAAGCUCGCAGAGGAACUUGCGCAGAGGGAGGCUGACAAUGAGAAGCUCGCAGAGGAACUUGCACAGAGGGAGGCUGACAAUGAGAAGCUCGCAGAGGACCUUGCGCAGAGGGAGGCUGACAAUGAGAAGCUGACAGAGGAUCUUGCGCAGAGGGAGGCUGACAAUGAGAAGCUCGCAGAGGAACUUGCGCAGAGGGAGGCUGACAAUGAGAAGCUCGCAGAGGAACUUGUGCAGAGGGAGGCUGACAAUGAGAAGCUCGCAGAGGACCUUGCACAGAGGGAGGCUGACAAUGAGAAGCUCGCAGAGGACCUUGCACAGAGGGAGGCUGACAAUGAGAAGCUCGCAGAGGAACUUGCGCAGAGGGAGGCUGACAAUGAGAAGCUGACAGAGGAACUUGCGCAGAGGGAGGCUGACAAUGAGAAGCUGACAGAGGAACUUGCGCAGAGGGAGGCUGACAAUGAGAAGCUCGCAGAGGACCUUGCGCAGAGGGAGGCUGACAAUGAGAAGCUUGCAGAGGAACUUGCGCAGAGGGAGGCGGUAAUUGAGGGUGCAGAGGCGGACGCGAGUAAGACAAUUGAGGGUGUGUAUAGCCGCUGUCGUGAACUUGAGGAGCUUGCUGCGAGAAGGGAACUUGCUGCUACGGGUGAUGUGGAUAUCCUGGAGCGCGAACUGGCGGACGCUCUCGUCCAGCUGAAGGCGUUGGAGGGGGAGAACGCUGCCCUGGCUGCGCUGCUCGCUGCAAAGAAGGCCGAGAUGGUGGAAGCUAGCGAUGCAGCAGGGAGGAGCGUGAGGGAGCUGGAGUCCCGUUUGUCCGCGGCGGUGUCCGAGGCGUCUCAUGAACGCGCGAUGGCGGAGAAGCUCAUUAGCACCACACGCGGUGCGCUGACUGCAAUGGUAGAGGAGAAUCAAAAACAGGUAGAACAGCUUCGCGCGGACCACGAUCAAGCCCGUGCUACAAUGCAAGCUGAACUUGUUGCGCACCGAGAGAUGCGCAACGCUCGUAUAAAUGAGAGGCUAUCACAUCCAGAACUCUGCGAUAGCGCUUCACCGCAAAUGCCACCGCCAAAUACUGAAGUGCCAGUGGCCCCUGAAAUAGUGCGCAGCGAACCUCUCUACAGCGUCACCAUCGACGAGCUCAACAAGACAACAACACUCAACGAAAAGUUGACGCGCGCCCUUGCGCAGAGGGAGGCUGACAAUGAGAAGCUCGCAGAGGAUCUUGCGCAGAGGGAGGCUGACAAUGAGAAGCUCGCAGAGGACCUCGCACAGAGGGAGGCUGACAAUGAGAAGCUCGCAGAGGAUCUUGCACAGAGGGAGGCUGACAAUGAGAAGCUCGCAGAGGACCUUGCACAGAGGGAGGCUGACAAUGAGAAGCUCGCAGAGGACCUCGCACAGAGGGAGGCUGACAAUGAGAAGCUCGCAGAGGAUCUUGCGCAGAGGGAGGCUGACAAUGAGAAGCUCGCAGAGGAUCUUGCACAGAGGGAGGCUGACAAUGAGAAGCUUGUGGAGGAACUUGCGCAGAGGGAGGCUGACAAUGAGAAGCUCGCAGAGGAUCUUGCGCAGAGGGAGGCUGACAAUGAGAAGCUUGUGGAGGAACUUGCACAGAGGGAGGCUGACAAUGAGAAGCUGACAGAUGAACUUGCGCAGAGGGAGGCUGACAAUGAGAAGCUCGCAGAGGAUCUUGCGCAGAGGGAGGCUGACAAUGAGAAGCUCGCAGAGGACCUCGCACAGAGGGAGGCUGACAAUGAGAAGCUUGCAGAGGACCUCGCACAGAGGGAGGCUGACAAUGAGAAGCUCGCAGAGGAUCUUGCGCAGAGGGAGGCUGACAAUGAGAAGCUCGCAGAGGACCUCGCACAGAGGGAGGCUGACAAUGAGAAGCUCGCAGAGAACCUCGCACAGAGGGAGGCUGACAAUGAGAAGCUCGCAGAGGACCUCGCACAGAGGGAGGCUGACAAUGAGAAGCUCGCAGAGAACCUCGCACAGAGGGAGGCUGACAUCGAGAAGCUGACAGAUGAACUUGCACAGAGGGAGGCUGACAAUGAGAAGCUCGCAGAGGACCUCGCACAGAGGGAGGCUGACAAUGAGAAGCUCGCAGAGGAUCUUGCGCAGAGGGAGGCUGACAAUGAGAAGCUUGUGGAGGAACUUGCGCAGAGGGAGGCUGACAAUGAGAAGCUGACAGAUGAACUUGCGCAGAGGGAGGCUGACAAUGAGAAGCUCGCAGAGGAUCUUGCGCAGAGGGAGGCUGACAAUGAGAAGCUUGCAGAGGAUCUUGCGCAGAGGGAGGCUGACAAUGAGAAGCUUGCAGAGGAACUUGCACAGAGGGAGGCGGUAAUUGAGGGUGCAGAGGCGGACGCGAGUAAGACAAUUGAGGGUGUGUAUAGCCGCUGUCGUGAACUUGAGGAGCUUGCUGCGAGAAGGGAACUUGCUGCUACGGGUGAUGUGGAUAUCCUGGAGCGCGAACUGGCGGACGCUCUCGUCCAGCUGAAGGCGUUGGAGGGGGAGAACGCUGCCCUGGCUGCGCUGCUCGCUGCAAAGAAGGCCGAGAUGGUGGAAGCUAGCGAUGCAGCAGGGAGGAGCGUGAGGGAGCUGGAGUCCCGUUUGUCCGCGGCGGUGUCCGAGGCGUCUCAUGAACGCGCGAUGGCGGAGAAGCUCAUUAGCACCACACGCGGUGCGCUGACUGCAAUGGUAGAGGAGAAUCAAAAACAGGUAGAACAGCUUCGCGCGGACCACGAUCAAGCCCGUGCUACAAUGCAAGCUGAACUUGUUGCGCACCGAGAGAUGCGCAACGCUCGUAUAAAUGAGAGGCUAUCACAUCCAGAACUCUGCGAUAGCGCUUCACCGCAGAUGCCACCGCCAAAUACUGAAGUGCCAGUGGCCCCUGAAAUAGUGCGCAGCGAACCUCUCUACAGCGUCACCAUCGACGAGCUCAACAAGACAACAACACUCAACGAACAGUUGACGCGCGCCCUUGCGCAGAGGGAGGCUGACAAUGAGAAGCUCGCAGAGGAUCUUGCGCAGAGGGAGGCUGACAUCGAGAAGCUCGCAGAGGAUCUUGCGCAGAGGGAGGCUGACAAUGAGAAGCUCGCAGAGGAUCUUGCACAGAGGGAGGCUGACAAUGAGAAGCUCGCAGAGGAACUUGCGCAGAGGGAGGCUGACAAUGAGAAGCUCGCAGAGGACCUCGCACAGAGGGAGGCUGACAAUGAGAAGCUCGCAGAGGACCUCGCACAGAGGGAGGCUGACAAUGAGAAGCUCGCAGAGGAUCUUGCACAGAGGGAGGCUGACAAUGAGAAGCUCGCAGAGGAUCUUGCACAGAGGGAGGCUGACAUCGAGAAGCUCGCAGAGGACCUCGCACAGAGGGAGGCUGACAAUGAGAAGCUCGCAGAGGAUCUUGCACAGAGGGAGGCUGACAAUGAGAAGCUCGCAGAGGAACUUGCGCAGAGGGAGGCUGACAUCGAGAAGCUCGCAGAGGAUCUUGCACAGAGGGAGGCUGACAAUGAGAAGCUCGCAGAGGAACUUGCACAGAGGGAGGCUGACAUCGAGAAGCUCGCAGAGGAUCUUGCACAGAGGGAGGCUGACAUCGAGAAGCUGACAGAUGAACUUGCGCAGAGGGAGGCUGACAAUGAGAAGCUCGCAGAGGAUCUUGCACAGAGGGAGGCUGACAAUGAGAAGCUCGCAGAGGACCUCGCACAGAGGGAGGCUGACAAUGAGAAGCUUGUGGAGGAACUUGCGCAGAGGGAGGCUGACAUCGAGAAGCUGACAGAUGAACUUGCGCAGAGGGAGGCUGACAAUGAGAAGCUCGCAGAGGAUCUUGCACAGAGGGAGGCUGACAAUGAGAAGCUCGCAGAGGAUCUUGCGCAGAGGGAGGCUGACAUCGAGAAGCUGACAGAUGAACUUGCGCAGAGGGAGGCUGACAAUGAGAAGCUUGUGGAGGAACUUGCGCAGAGGGAGGCUGACAUCGAGAAGCUGACAGACGAACUUGCGCAGAGGGAGGCUGACAAUGAGAAGCUCGCAGAGGAUCUUGCACAGAGGGAGGCUGACAAUGAGAAGCUGACAGAGGAUCUUGCGCAGAGGGAGGCUGACAAUGAGAAGCUCGCAGAGGAUCUUGCACAGAGGGAGGCUGACAUCGAGAAGCUCGCAGAGGACCUCGCACAGAGGGAGGCUGACAAUGAGAAGCUCGCAGAGGAUCUUGCACAGAGGGAGGCUGACAAUGAGAAGCUCGCAGAGGAACUUGCGCAGAGGGAGGCUGACAUCGAGAAGCUCGCAGAGGAUCUUGCACAGAGGGAGGCUGACAAUGAGAAGCUCGCAGAGGAACUUGCACAGAGGGAGGCUGACAAUGAGAAGCUCGCAGAGGAUCUUGCACAGAGGGAGGCUGACAAUGAGAAGCUCGCAGAGGAUCUUGCACAGAGGGAGGCUGACAAUGAGAAGCUCGCAGAGGAACUUGCGCAGAGGGAGGCUGACAUCGAGAAGCUCGCAGAGGAUCUUGCGCAGAGGGAGGCUGACAAUGAGAAGCUCGCAGAGGAUCUUGCACAGAGGGAGGCUGACAUCGAGAAGCUGACAGAUGAACUUGCGCAGAGGGAGGCUGACAAUGAGAAGCUCGCAGAGGAUCUUGCACAGAGGGAGGCUGACAAUGAGAAGCUCGCAGAGGAACUUGCACAGAGGGAGGCUGACAUCGAGAAGCUCGCAGAGGAUCUUGCGCAGAGGGAGGCUGACAUCGAGAAGCUGACAGAUGAACUUGCGCAGAGGGAGGCUGACAAUGAGAAGCUCGCAGAGGAUCUUGCACAGAGGGAGGCUGACAAUGAGAAGCUGACAGAUGAUCUUGCGCAGAGGGAGGCUGACAAUGAGAAGCUUGUGGAGGAACUUGCACAGAGGGAGGCUGACAUCGAGAAGCUGACAGAUGAACUUGCGCAGAGGGAGGCUGACAAUGAGAAGCUCGCAGAGGAUCUUGCGCAGAGGGAGGCUGACAAUGAGAAGCUUGUGGAGGAACUUGCGCAGAGGGAGGCUGACAAUGAGAAGCUCGCAGAGGACCUUGUACGGAGGGAGGCUGACUGUCAUAAGCUAGUUGCUGAGCUUGAUGUGAUUGAAUCCAAGUUGAACAGUGCUAUGAGUGGUCUGCACGUGUUUUCAUCGGGUGAUGGUGGUGUGAUUGAGAUGCUGGAGGGGUAUAUGGAAAGGGCCUCUUUGGUGAGUGGUGCUGAAAAGGAUGCACUUGAGAGGUUGAGUUUAAGUAAUAAGGAGCUUGCAAUGUUGAGAUCUGAUUUCUUGGCUGAAAGGGAUUUGAUGUCGCGUGAGAUUGAACUGGAAAAGGCGGAGAAGGCGCGGCUUUUAGGGGAGCUGGAAGUGACUCAAAGAAAUCUUGAGACGUUGAAAAACGCACCUGUGGUUGCAUCCGGGGAAAAUGAGCUUAGCGUACUGCGUCAAAAGAUUUGUGACCUAGAGGAAGUCGUUGAUGUGAAGAAUGCUCAUUUGGAAUCCUUGAAUGAGCGUCUUGAAGGUCUGGUGGAAGAACUCCACGACAAGCGAGAAGAGUUGUUUCACGUGAUUGGCCAGUUAGAUGACUUUGUCGUAAAGUUCGAAAAGGCUCGUGAGGGGGAGAAGGUUGCUGUUGAAAAGCUAGCCGCACGUGAUCAAGAACUCUUUGAAUUGGAAAGAAUGCAUAGGGAGCUGCAAACGGAGCAUGAGCAAAUUGUGUCGCAUCUCCAGAAACAGGUGGAAGAGCUUCGUGCGCAGCAGUCUGACGAUGCAAUUGCACUUGAAGAUUUGAAAAGUGACAUUAAAGGGCUUCGCGGGUCUUUGCAAGAAGUACAGGGAGCUUUAAGGGAGAAGAAUGACGAAAUAAAUCGUCUGAAGGAGGAGAUACUUGCUCAGCAGGAGGAGGCGCAGGCUCUCAUCGACGAGCUCGCGGAGGAACGGGAUCAGAAGUCCCUGGAAGUGAGUGACUCAUUGAAAAAGCUGGAGGAGUUUGUUGAACUUAUGGAGGACGCCCGUAAGUGCGAAGAAGAGGCGCUUCAGCGAAGUGCGGAUGCGGAGCGAUCGCUUUGUAGGACACAGGAGGAAUUGGAAAGGCUUCGCACGCGGCAGGUGGAAGGACGCGAUAACCCCAAAGCUUCGGAGUUGGACACACUGCGUGCCGCACUCGAUGAGGCCUGCGACGUGAAAGAACACGCAGAGGAGGAAAACAAGAAGUUGAAGUUGUGCGUGAGGCUUCUGACGGAUGCCCUGUCGAAGAAUCAGAGUAGGUUUACCGCGUCAUCUGGUGUGCUGGAGGAGGCCUGUGAUGCCCUGUCAAACAUGCAGGAGGGAUGA